AUGACUUCACCACACCCGGGGCGCAAACGGCUGCAUCCACCAAGAAUCAAAAAGAUCAAAAUCACGAUCCCGCUACCCUCUCGCCCGGCCGACUAUGUGCCCAACUCCGGACCACCUCUUCGACGCCUUGCUCUCCAGCCGCCCGCCGAUUCGACCGCGUUCAUUGACGACCGAAUUCUUCUUCCGCCCUCAGGCCUGGCCGCCGACGGCCGCCCGCUGCCCAAGCGCAUGAGGUACAUCGUCGGCUGGCGCGACCUGCCUGCGGCGCGACUCCUCGUCUCAGCCAUGGACGUCCUCGACUACGUCUCCCCACACGCGCUGGAGGAGUGGGAGUACAGCAUGGAGUUGGAGCUCGACGUCGAUAGGACGCGCCUUGCCGCCGAGCGUCAGGCUCUCAAGACGCAGCAGACGCUGCUGGGCCGCGCCGACGAGCUGCCGCUACCUAAGGCGGCCCGUCCGCCACCACAUCACACCAGCAUUGAGGCUGCCGUCGUCGCCGAGACGGAGGGCGGGGAUGGCGAGCAGGGGCGGCUUCGCGGCGGUGCCCUGAGCCUCUCCACACCAAAAAAGCGAAAGAUGGACGACUUUCUCGACGGCUAUACUAGUGAUGAGAGCCCGUCAGAGCAGCUCCUCUUUGAUAUCGCAAAGUCAGCGCAAAAGGAGGCUGACAGCUUGUCGCCUGGCAAGGAGGAGUCCGACGAUAAAGUGCCAGAGAUCUCGAAGCGUCAAAAGUCAACCUUCCAAGAAACCAAAACUGGCUACCAACACGACGCUACCACUGAUGUCUAUGCCUUCUACAAAAACGCCCAACCCACAGCGUUCGGAAUCGGCUGCAAUGCCCUUUCCACUUACCAACUCGAUGGUAACACUGAGACCCAUGGUAUCACCCAGGCCGACUGCGCCAGCGAAAACACACUCGUCGAGACCAACUACAGAAUAUCUAUUGGCUCCGAGGCCGAUGACGAGACGGACUGGGCCGUCGAUCGCAUCGAGGACAUGGAGCUCUAUGACGUCGAGGGUAGAGGCCUCGUCCGGUACUUCAAGGUCCGUUGGGAGGGCGACUGGCCACCGGACCAGAAUCCCACAUGGGAGCCCGAGGAGAACCUCCCGGACGACCUAGUUCACGAGUUCUGCCGCACCUUUAAGAGCAGGAAGAAGGGGUCGUCGGAGCAGUCGCGCCUGACGAGGAAUGAUGCAGGCCAGGCAGCUCGGCUGCCGCCGCUCCGGCCUACCAACAGAAUCGGCGAGGACCGAGAGAAUGAUCGCCCGUCGAGCGCGCAUAGUGACUUGUUUGUCUACUCGAGCGACGACGGCAUGGAAAAGCAUAGAUGGGACGCGCCAAACUCGCAGGGCGUGCGGCCAAACCUUAAUGGGGUGUUUCCGGCCAACAUGGCAUAG